CUCAGGGAGUGUUGUUGUUCGGAUGCCAGACCCCUGUUUAUCUUGCUCAAACUAGCUUGAUAGCGAUCUCGCGAGAUUCGUACCAGCUGCAGGGCGUUGUAGGCGUAUUCUCAGGUGCUUCAUGUCUUCUCUGGCCGUGAAUUGAACACAACGUGCGAAACUCCAGCUCCGACCUCGAGGUUCCACCAACGGGACACUUCAGUUCCUCUUUCAUCUGAUGGGACACGAGGCGCUCACUCACAGCCACCUCUACCUUAUAAGUCGAGAUCCCCGAUCAACAACUCCGCCAUCUCACUCAACUCCCUUCUUUUCUCUCCUAUAGUCGAAGCAACAAACAUCCUUAAGGAGCAGCAAAACGAACCAUGGAUCACUCCGGCCACGACCACAGCACCCACAUGGACCACUCCGGCCACGGCGACAUGCACUCGGGUCAUCCUGGGAUGGGCGAAGGAGCGCCGAGGUGUAGCAUGAACAUGCUCUUCACCUGGAAUACGGAGAACCUCUGCAUCGUCUUCCGCCAAUGGCACAUCCACUCGACCUUCAGUCUCGUAGUCUCCCUUCUCGCCAUCGUCGCGUUGGCGGCCGGAUACGAGGCACUUCGCGAGGGCAUUAGACAGUAUGAGGCAUGGACUAAUAAGAGGGUGGAGACUACGCCUCACCCUCGAGAACAGUAUCGCGAUGAUGAUGAUGAUGAUGACGUUGAACAACAACUUGAAGAUGAAGAACGUCUUGCUGAGACUACCAUGCCGUGGUUACUAGGGCAAAAUGUGGCUGCAGUCACCAAGCGGGCCCACGCCAUCAAGUCGGUCUUGUAUGGGAUCCAGAACUUUUAUGCGUUCAUGAUCAUGCUCAUCUUCAUGACGUACAAUGGCUGGGUCAUGCUGGCUUGCUCUUUGGGAGCUGCGUUGGGAUACUUCGUUUUUGGGUCCCGUACUACUGCUACCAAGGAAACUGCUUGCCAUUAGGUGUCAUUGACGUGCUCAUGAGUGCGCAAUUCUCAAACGUCAGGAGGAAAGCAUAUAGCUUGAGGGCGAGGUGUUAUGGCCACUUUGCAUAACGGCUGGUGAGAAGAGCGGCCAGAAGGGUCCGAAAAGUGCCAUCAGAGUGUUUCGACAUGUAAUCGGCGGUUGAUACGAUGGGACGUAUGGGGUAUGUAUGUAUAUCCCCAUAAAAUAGGGUCUAGUUGACAGUUUUCUUUACCGUAUUAUAUAUUAUAAUAACUGACGAAUGGAUGUGCAUGGCUUUACACCGAUGAAGGGGGAAAAAAAGGAGAAGAAAAAAAAAACCAAAAAAAUAAGGGUUGCGCCAGCCGCGAAUCGAACGCGGGGCCCAUCGAUGGCAACGAUGGAUUUUACCACUAAACCACUGGCGCUUUGUGGUGUUGAUAUUAAAUUUUAUGCAUAACUUGUGCCUAUAGAUCAACAACAAGACCUCCA